AUGACGAAGAAUCAGAGGCUCAAACAGUUGCCGAGGAGCAAUGACGAGGAGGACAAGCCGCAUCCUUUGAAGCCAGUCGGUUGCUCCUCGAAGAAUCACGUGGAGAGCGAGGACGGGUCCAAGAGCAAGCGGCGGAAGCCGGUGAAGCUUGUAGAUGAGGACGAGGAUGAGGAUGGGGACGGAUGUGAACCCAAGGCUGAUCAGGAGGGUGGGCAAGAGGAGAAGAGUGCAAGGAACGUGAAGGAGGAGGAAGAGGAAGAGGAGGAGGAAGCCGGUGAGGAUGCAAAGCCAGUUGGCAAGCCGGUGAAGUUUUCCGGCGAGGUGAUGGCGAGGAAAAGCCAUUACAUUGCGUGCAUUUACAAGGGAGAUCAAUAUAAGCUCGAGGAUACUGUACUUCUGAAUCCCGCUGAAACAGGUCAUAAACCGUACGUGGCUAUUAUCAAGGUAACUAUCCAUUUUUGUACAAUGCCUCUUUGGGCUCAGAAAUCUCAUUCCGAGUUACGUGACAAACCUGAAGAGGCAAAGAUAAAGGGAGGUGGGGAGAGUUGGCAGUCGCUUGACAUUAGGGAACUAUUUUAUAGUUUCCAUCAAAACGACGUUCCCCUAGAAUCUGUGAUGCACAAGUGUGUCAUCCACUACAUUCCAGUUCACAAGCAAAUCCCUGAUCGAAAACAGAGUCCAGGUUUCAUAGUGCAGAAGAUUUACGACCCCGUUGAAGAGAAGUUGUGGGAGUUGAUCGACGAGGAUUAUGGAGUAAACAUACAAAAGGAGAUAAAUCUUCUCCUUCAAAAAACCCUGCAGCGGUUGGGAGAUCUGCCGGAUUUGGAAAUAGAGGAUGAUCAUGCUGAUCAGGUUGAUCAGUUGAAGAGAAAAAGGUGA